AUGGGUAAAGCCGGUCGCAUCGCGUGUAUCUUCACGCCCUAUGUCUUGACCAUCGCGUCACUGAUCUGUAUCAUUAUGGUGGGACUGGGCUGCACAAAAGCCAGCUCUUCCACCUUGAACGACCUCUACUUCAUGCGUCUUGACUUGUCGAACAUGAGUUCGAAUUCAGACGCGAUUUCCACAAUCGAGAGCAAACUGAGCGAAGCCGGAAUCGAUGUGUCUGACAGCGAUAUCACCAAACUCAUCAACACCCUCCAGGACGAUUCGACCAUCGCCGACUUCUACGACAUCGGUCUGUGGGGCUACUGCCAGGGCAACAUCACCAACAACAAGGAUACCGUCACCUCUUGCACCAAGCCCAAGGCGGAGUUCUACUUCAACCCCUCCUCAGUCCUGGGUGUGAGUGAAUCCGAGCUCGAGGAGGAGCUGGGAAGCAGUGUGAAGAAGAUCAUGAAGGUCUACAAGGCUGUCUCCAAGUGGAUGUUUAUUGCCUACCUGGUCGCAUUCAUCGCCACCUGCGCCCAGAUCCUCGUCGGUAUCUUCGCCAUCUUCAGUCGCUGGGGCAGCUGUGUCACUACCAUCGUCUCCAUCGUGUCUUUCCUCUUCACCCUGGCUGCGUCCCUUACCUCGACCAUCAUGUUCUCCAUCGCCAAGGGCUCCCUGGGUACCGCAAUGGAGGCAUAUGGCAUUGAGGUCUCCAUGGGCAAGAAUAUCUACGCGGCUACUUGGCUCGCAGUUGCCUUCUCCCUGGGUGGAACCCUCUUCUGGAUGUUCAGCACCUGCUGCUGCUCCGGCCGCUCUCCCUACGGCCACAAGGACCGUCGCCACAACCGGGACAGCAUCACUGCUGAGAAGGCUCCCUACACCUAUGAGCCCAUCGGCGCUGCCCACCCUCCCUUCGGUGCUCAGCCCUAUGCUCCUCAAUACGGCCAGAACACCUCCUACCCUCCUCAUAACGACAUUCCCAUGACCCACCAAAACCCCCACCAGCAGCCAAGCGCUUAUGAGCCUUUCCGCCACGUCUAA